GCCCAGUUCAGGAUCGAUCGUCGCUUCGUCUGGGGCCCAUCUGUUUGAUCUGUUGUCAAUCCUUGACGAGCCGGGUGCUUCUACUGACCUGCGUGUCUUCACAGCGCCGUCACAGCUCGCCACAAUCCGCUCAAGCUCCUCCCGACACCCGCCAUGACCUUGGACGAGGGCACAAUUGCCAAGAAAUUCGGCCUCUCGGCCCACAGCCCCGGAGGCCGCGAGACGAUCGAUCGUCUGCUCCACUACUGCCGCAUAUACGAUCUGGAUGCCGACACCCUGUGGACAAAGUGGGAGGCCUUUGUCAUCAACGGAACCUUUGUCGACUCGAUCGGCGAGCAAUAUACUCCUGAAUCACCCACAAUCGAGCUGCUCGAUCGGCUCCGAGACACCCUCUCGCGAGACCAGACACGCAAGCAGAACGAGCGAAUGAGUAUCAACUCCAGUAGCUUUAUGUCUGCCCGCAGGGCUGAGGCUCCAGCCGGCACUGGCCACCCCAAGCUCAUCAUGAGCGACGAUCUUGACAGCAUCAUCAGCCCAGAUAGGCUGAUGACUCCCAAGAAGGCCAAGAUCACCCUCAGGGACCACUCUGGCAGAGCCACCUCCAUCGGCUCGCCCACUUCGCAAUACUCUGGCUCCUUCACCUCCCCAACCAAGCCCAUCCGCAUCACCUCUCCCACCAGCACAUCCCUCCACUCGCCGUCCCGCAACUUGAACCGGGCCCGUUCCCCGACCCCGACCCCGACCCCGCUCACGCCUUCGACCCAUGCUCAGCGCUUCGCCACUCGCACCAACCGGGGUCAGCGAGACGGCGCUGUAUUCAACGAUCACAUCCCCUUCAAAGCCAGCAUUCCCGACCAGCCGGUCCUCUGCAGCAUCACACUUGCACCCAACCAACAAACAGACGGGUACCGGUUCAUGUUUUCCAAGCUCGUCGACCAGGGCGGAAUCAUCAACGACCGCAUCAACGACAUGGCCGAUCGCAUCAAGGAGCGCAGGCUCGAGCAGCUCAGUGCCGACGACAGGGAGAACUUCCAGGUCAGCCACCCCACGCAGCCUUCGCAGGAGCCCGUCUUUAUCAUCGGCCGGAUCUGUUCCGAGAAUGCAGCCGGCGUCGUGACCCAGGGCACGCUGUCGGCACCCGACUCGGAAGCCUCCCAGAUUGAAACCCGAUUCAAGGACGGUGGGAUCGUCAUUGAGGCUUCGCGGGAGCUCGGCAACGGCGCCCGUGUCCCGCUUGAUUUCAGCGAGCUGCUCAAGACAGGCAAGGGUUAUGAGUUCUUCCCUGGUCAGAUCGUUGGUCUGGAAGGCAUGAACGUAUCGGGCCGCAAGCUGACGAUCACCCAAAUCCACAAUCCACCCGCGCUGCCGGCCACGACCUGCUCGCUGGCCAAUCUGGCGCGCAUGUACCCCGCCGACAAGCCCACAUCCAAGUACCCGCUGAACAUUGUGAUCGCCAGCGGGCCGUACACGCUCAACGACUCGCUCGAAUUCGAGCCCCUGGAGGAUCUCGUGCAAGCCAUCGAGGAGCAGAUGCCGGAUGUGGUCCUGCUGCUGGGUCCGUUUGUCGACGACCGACAUCCCAUGAUCGAGAACGGGAACACUGACCUGACCCCGGACGAGAUCUUUGCCUCGCAAGUGUCGACCCGUAUUCGCCGCAUCGUCGAGGCCCCGCGCAAGGGCAUUCGUGUUGUGAUGGUGCCCUCGACGCACGACGCCUACAUCGAGUGGUGCGUGUUUCCCCAGCCGCCUCUCGGCUCGGGAGUCAGUGCAGCCGAGAUUCACUACCGCCGCGCGGCACUCGAUCUGCCCGAGUCGGUCCUGCUCUUCCCAAACCCGGUGCAAUUCUCGAUCAACGAAAUCACCUUUGCGAUCUCGACCUGCGACAUCCUUUUGCACUUGUCCUCCGAGGAAGUCUCGCGGGUGGCCAGGGGACAGAUCUCGGACCGUAUGAGCCGGCUCUUUGGCCAUGUGCUGACGCAGCGAAGCCUGUACCCUCUCCUGCCGCCCUCGCACAACGAAGGCAUCAACUAUGCUCGAAGCUCGGAGCUGGAACUGCAGGCCCGACCGGACGUGAUGAUUCUGUCAAGCUUCCUGACACACACACAGAGAGUCGUCGACGGCUGCCUGUGCAUCAACCCCUCGCUCGCCUGUCGCGGCCAGCAGGGAGGAACGUUCACACGGCUCACGAUCUAUCCCCUGGAGCUCGACAGUGCCGGAGCUGGCGAGGAUGUAUUUGUGGAGAGCAGCGUCGCCAUGCGAGCUCGAGCAGAGGUUAUCCGGAUCUAGGCCCGACGAGGACUGGCCGCAAUGGAGACUGGGCCACUGGGCCGGCCGGUGCGAUCGACGCGGGCAAGAGUGUUGAGUGCUUCGGCCAGAGAUCUGUUGUUGUCCCUGACGAAAUGCAGCAAAUCUACUUGGACGAUCCCAAUGCGCCCACACC